AGCACCAUAACGUGUUGUAAUCCAGAGUCCCCAGACCAAAUCGCUCCUCGGCAAAAAACACAGAGAGUUCCAAAGCAAAGCAACAAUGGGUUUGCUUCACAUCUUCAUCCAAAUAGCCAUAGCCCUGCUCGUUUUUACCCACACCAUGAGCUGCACACAGGCAUCUACCCAGACAAAUAAUGGUACCGUCAUGAAGUGUAUAGCCCAUGAGCUUUCAGCUCUCCUCACGUUCAGUGCCGGCCUAUCAGACCCUGCAAACCUUCUUUCAUCAUGGGAAGGUGGCAACUGCUGCCAAUGGAAGGGAGUCCAGUGCAGCAACACAACAGUUCAUGUUGUUAAGCUCGAUCUUCAAGGCCCUGACUGCGACAACAGUGAUGCGAGUAUGCAAGUGCUUGGAGGUAAGAUAAGCUCCUCACUGAUUGGUUUGCAGCACUUGCAGUAUCUCGAUCUUAGCUGCAACAGGUUUAACAAUGAGACAAUACCGGAGUUCUUGGGCUCUCUCCAUGGUUUGAGAUAUCUUGACCUAUCGCUGUCGAGCUUUGUUGGAAGGAUACCACCACAGCUGGGUAACCUAUCCAACCUGCGUUACUUGAAUCUUGAUUCCGUUUUUGGUGACACUCACUCCAUGGAUAUCACCUGGCUGUCACGGUUAUCUUCCCUUCAGCACCUCGAUAUGAGCUGGGUCAACCUCAGUACCAUCACAAACUGGGUUUCUGCGGUUAACAAGCUUCCUUCUCUUGUAAGCCUUGAUCUUUCUUUCUGCCAUUUUAGCACCAGCCCUGAUUCUCUUUUGCAUUCAAAUCUGACAUCUCUUGAAUCUCUCAGAAUUGAGGCUAACAAUUUCCACAAGCGUAUCGCACCCAACUGGUUUUGGGAUUUGCCUAGCCUUAAGCAACUUGAUGUCUCAUCCAGCCAAUUGCACGGCCCAUUUCCCAAUGAGUUAGGGAAUAUGACCUCCUUGGUGCACCUUGAUUUAUCAGAAAACAACCUUGUGGGUAUGCUGCCGUCAAACCUGAAAAACCUUUGUAAUUUGGAAGACCUGUAUUUAUUUGAAAACAACAUCAAUGGGAGUAUAACAGAAUUCUUCAAUCGUUUACCUAGUUGUUCAUGGAAUAAAUUCAAAACGUUGUUUUUACCCUUAAGCAAUCUGACGGGAAGCCUACCAGCCAAAUUAGAACCCUUCAGAAAUUUGACAUGGCUUGACCUCGGCGAUAACAAGCUCACUGGUCCUGUGCCACUGUGGGUAGGGAAGCUCACAAAUCUAGCUGAAUUGGACCUCAGCUCCAACAACCUAGACGGCGCCUUACAUGAAGGACAUUUGUCAGGCCUAGUAAACUUGGAGAGAUUGUCUCUGGCUGACAAUUCCAUAGCCAUUAGGGUGAACUCGACUUGGGUUCCUCUCUUUAAUCUGACAGUGCUUGAACUUGGAUCAUGCCUUCUGGGGCCUAAAUUUCCAACGUGGCUUAGAUGGCAAACAAAUAUAUACAAUCUCGAUAUCUCAAACACAAGCAUAUCAGACAUGGUCCCAGAUUGGUUUUGGACUAUGGCUUCCUCGGUGGACUAUUUGAACAUGAGAACUAAUCAAAUUAGUGGUUUCCUAUCCCCUAAAAUAGAACUUAUGAGAGCAUCUGCAAUGGACUUAAGUUCUAACCAGUUUAGUGGUCCUAUACCUAAGCUUCCUAUAAAUCUAACAGACUUGGAUCUUAGUAGAAACAAUUUAUAUGGGCCACUACCACUGGAUUUUGGAGCGCCCAGGCUUGGAACACUUUUUCUAUAUGAUAACUUGAUCUCUGGCACUAUUCCAUCUUCAUUGUGCAAAUUGCGAUUGCUAAGAUUCUUAGACCUCUCGGGUAAUAAGCUCACUGGAACACUUCCUGAUUGCCAAGAUUAUGAAUCCACAACAAAUAUGACAGGUUUGAAUAUUCGUAAUCUAAGUUUAAGAAACAAUAACCUCUCUGGUGAAUUCCCUUUAUUCCUCCAAUACUGCCAGCAACUCAUAUUCCUCGAUCUAUCAGACAAUCAAUUUUUUGGGACUUUAGACUCAUGGAUUGGGAAUAAGCUACCAUCCUUGGCAUUCAUGCGGUUAAGACACAAUAAGUUUUGCGGUCACAUUCCACUGGGGCUCACGAAUCUGAUUAAUCUUCAAUAUUUGGACCUUGCCUACAAUAACUUAUCAGGCAUCAUACCAAAAUCUAUUGUUAACUGGAAGGGGAUGGCUCUAAGAGACGAACAAGAUGACCGGUAUGAUGACCCAAUGAGUUCUGGGUUCUCAUUUGGUUUAAAUGAAAUGAUGGAUUAUAAUGACAAUGUCACUGUAGUCACAAAGGGUCAAGAACAGCUAUAUACAGGAGAAAUAGUUUAUAUGGUAAAUCUGGAUUUAUCUUGUAACGAUCUUACUGGAGAAAUACCUGCAGAGAUCAGUACUCUUGUGGCACUGAACAACUUGAACUUGUCAUGGAAUGCCUUCAGUGGAAAAAUUCCUGAAAAAAUUGGUGACUUGGUACAAGUGGAAUCCCUUGAUCUAUCACACAAUGAGUUAUCCGGUGAAAUCCCCACAAGCUUAUCAGCUCUCACAUAUUUGAGCCACUUGAACCUGUCAUAUAACAAUCUAUCAGGAAAGAUACCAUCUGGAAAUCAACUGCAAGUACUCGAUGAUCAGGCAUCAAUCUAUGUUGGCAACCCAGGCCUUUGCGGUCCUCCUCUCACAAAGAAAUGUCCUGAAAUUAACUUGACCCCCGCUGCUCCAGAAGAUCACAAGGAUGGAAGCGAUAAAAUUUUCCUUUUCCUCGGCAUGAGUUCCGGAUUUGUGAUGGGCCUCUGGUCAGUCUCGUGCAUCUUCUUGUUGAAGACAAAAUGAAGAAUGUUUGCUUCGCAUUCUACGAUGCAUCAUAUGAGUGGGUUUAUGUGUGGCUUGGCUGUCGUCGCUGACAAGAAAAAUGGAUACUAGGAAGAAGGAACUGAAUCAGAAGUUCAGAACCAGUUGCUCCUGAAAGUUCUGCUUUUGUAAUGUGCGGAUUUUAGCAUGUAUCAAUUUCGCAAUACUUGUACUACUCAUGAAUACAAGUGAUCUUUAGCAUA